AUGAUCAUUGAUAGUGGAAGUUGUAAGAAUGUAGUUUCUCAAGAAAUGGUGGACAAACUUAAUCUUCCGGUGGAGGAACAUCCCCAUCCUUAUUCUCUAUCUUGGUUCAAGAAAGGCAAUGAGAUCAAGGUUACCAAACGGUGCUUGGUUUCAUUUUCUAUCUGGCAAAAUUACUUUGAUGAGGCAUGCAAAUGGAACACCUACACCGUUGUCAAGAAUGAUAUCCGGUUUACCUUGCUUUCCAUGAAGGAAAAGGUUACUUCCAAGGAUGUUUCCAAAUCAUCUACUAGUGCCACUACGUUGCUUGCUUCCAAGGAGUUUAUGGAAAAGAGUCGGGAUUUUGGGAUUGUAUUGGUGUUGGUUCUGGUUGUACACACGGGUGCUUCUACACAAAAGGUUGAGGUGGCUACUCUUUUAGAAGAGUAUUCCGAUGCCUCUCCCCAAGAACUUCCUCCCGAUUUGCCUCCUAUACAGGACAUUCAACAUUGUAUUGAUUUGGUACCCGGGUCUGUGCUUCCAAACAAACUGGCCUAUCGUAUGUCUCCAAAGGAAAAGAGGAGUUGCAACGGCAAGUAA